AUGACCGACACAACGGAAACCAAGCCGAAGAAGAGCCUCGUGCUCAAUGCCUUUGUAGAGAUGUGCAGCGGACACCAGUCUCCUGGGCUCUGGAGACACCCCGACGACCAGUCAUGGCGCUUCAACGAGAUCAGUCACUGGGUUGAGCUCGCGAAGCUGCUUGAGGAGGCCAAGUUCCACGGCAUUUUCAUUGCCGAUGUUCUCGGUGGCUACGACGUGUACUCGCAAUCUCUCGACCCUGCCAUGAUCUCGGGCGCCCAAUGGCCCGUCAACGAGCCAUUGGCGCCCAUCGCCGCCAUGGCCGCGGUAACCAAGAGCAUCGGCUUCGGCGUGACGGUUUCGACGACAUAUGAGCAGCCUUACCACUUGGCGAGACGGUUAUCGACCGUCGACCAUCUCAGCGGUGGCCGCUUGGGAUGGAAUAUCGUGACCAGCUACCUGGAUUCGGCGGCGAAGAAUAUGGGCCUCGCCCAGCAGCCCCAGCACGACGACAGGUACGCGCAGGCCGAGGAGUACAUCAAGGUCAUGUACAAGCUGUUCGAGUCCUCGUGGCGCGAUGACGCCGUCAAGCUCGACCGCAAGUCGGGCGUCUACACGCAGCCCGAGCUAGUCCGCAAGAUCAACCACAACGGCCGGUUCUUCAGCGUGCCGGGCCCGCACAUCGUGCAGCCCAGCCCGCAGCGCACGCCGCUCCUCCUGCAAGCGGGGACAUCCAAGGCGGGCAAGCAGUUCGCGGCGCAGCACGCUGAGGCCAUCUUCGUCUCGGCGCAUGCACCGGCCGUGUGCGCCAAGAGCGUGGCCGAGAUCCGGGCACUUGCGCAAGCCGAGUAUGGGCGCUCCGGCGAUGACAUCAAGGUGCUCGCGCUCGUGACGCCAGUGGUGGGGGCGACGGAAGAGGAGGCGCAACGGAAGCUGGCCGACUACCGGCAGUACGCGUCGCACGAGGGCGCGCUGGCGCUCUUUGGCGGGUGGACGGGUAUGGACUUGAGCAAGUACGGCGACGACGAGGAGCUGCGGCAGGUGGAGAGCAACGCGGUCAAGUCGACGGUGGAGGGCUACGCGCGGUUCUCUCCAGGCACGGCCAAAUGGACGAAGCACACGAUCGCGGAGCACGUUAGCAUCGGCGGCAACGGACCCGUCCUGGUCGGGACGGCGGCACAGGUAGCCGACGGGCUCGAGGUGUGGAUCAAGGAGGCCGACGUCGACGGCUUCAACUUUGCGUACGCCCUCUUCCCGCAGUCGUUCAAGGACAUCAUCGACCUGCUGCUGCCCGAGCUGCGGCGGCGGGGUCUGUUCUGGGAUGACUACGCCGUUCCCGGCGGCACGUACAGAGAGAACUUUUACCGCAAGAAAGGGCAGACGGGCCCACUGGACCAGCACGUGGCGGCGACAUACCGAUGGAAGGCGGGGGUCCCUGCGGAGGAGGCCAAGAUUCCGGAGUAG